CUUCUCAACCUCAUACCGCUGACUGAUCAGUUAUAUUUAGCCCAGCGCUGUGCUGUACUGCUGGGCGAGGAGUGACGCUCAUCAGCUAGAAGGAAGUUCAAACACAUGCGGAGAACCACACGGCUCAACAUGCAACUGACUUCACCAGAUUAGCUACCAGAGAACGAGUUUCAAAGUGGCAGGAAAACCUGGAAUGAGCGAACGUGCUUUGCAAUAGGAGUCUGCAUUUCAUCUCAUCCCUGACAGCGAUGUGUGCGACCAGGCGUGGUGCCUGUUUGCAGCAGAAAACCGCGGACUGACUAUAUUUAGUCGAGAAAGGGAAGUCGAGUCCCCAGCAGUGUCCACCAGUUUGCACCCUCGCUCUGAAUCAGCUACUCGCUGCGCACAGCACACGCCGGGUCACCAGCGCUCCUUGACGGCACAGCUCAACUGGAUUCACCGCUCCAUUCCUACGAUGACGCGGAGACUGCUCUACCUAAUCGCGGUUUUUACGGUCGGACUGGCAAAGACAGUGGAGUUCAGCGGCGAGCCCCACUCCCACACCGCGGUCCUGGGUGAGACUGUCACACUGACCUGCUUCGUCCACCCGACGGUCGGGAAGAAUGAUCUGGCGUGGGUGAAAUUGUGGAAGCCGCCGGGGAACCACACCAAGAUGGUCAACGUGACGGAGAGCAAAAUGGUCACCAUCUUACCAAAUGUAAACUUCUCCACCCUGAAGAUGUGGGACGUGAAACGCAGCGACAGCGGGCUGUACAAAUGCAUCUUGAGAAACGGGGCGAAGAAGCAGUUCUCUCACGGGACCUACCUUCGGGUCAUCAGGCCCACGCCCCCCAAGCUGUUGAACAUGAGCGAGGGGGCGAAGAACAAACUGAUCACAGCACAGGGAGUCUUACUGCUGCUGUGUGUCCUGCUGCCUGGGACUGUGCUGCUGUACCAGACAAAACAAAGGAAUAUGAGAAACUAUGAGAUGAAGUACAACAAGGAAGAGGAGGAGAAUAUCUAUGAGGGUUUGAACCCGGAGGAUUUAUCCCUGUAUCAUGAUCUGACCCAUACCAGGGUGCGGAGCCCCUACCAGGACGUGGGGAGCCUGCGGAGCUACGACACACCGCUGAAGAAACCAUGAGCCAACCGGAACACAGAACACAGAACCAGAACACAGAACACACACACCAGAACCAGAACACAGAACACACACACACCAGAAAC